GCCCGCCAGCGGCGGCCAUUUGUGUCUGUGGCGCAGACCGAGGCGGCGGUAGGAGCAGCAGUGUCUGGAUGCUGCCAGAACUGGUGAAUUUCUCCAGCACUUUGUUUCAAUCUAGUGAGGCUUGGUUUCUCCCCUACCAAGUGUAAUUUCUAUUCCUCCUUUGGUGAUAAAGAUUGAAACUGCAGAGAACUUCAGGUGACUGUCACGAUGGUGGAAGCAGAUCGUCCCGGAAAACUCUUCAUUGGCGGUCUGAAUACUGAAACAAAUGAGAAGGCACUUGAAGCAGUAUUUGGCAAAUAUGGAAGAAUAGUAGAAGUUCUGCUGAUGAAAGAUCGUGAAACAAAUAAGUCAAGGGGUUUUGCUUUUGUUACGUUUGAAAGUCCAGGAGAUGCAAGGGAUGCAGCCAGGGAUAUGAAUGGAAAGUCUUUGGAUGGAAAACCCAUUAAAGUAGAGCAAGCUACUAAACCAGCAUUUGAAAAUAGUGGACGACGUGGACCACCCCCACCCCCAAGAAGCCGUGGUCCUCCUAGGGGGAUUCGAGGUGGAAGAGGAGGUAGUGGAGGAAUGAGAGGUCCACCUCAAAAAGGUAAAUGCCUAAAACAAACAAUCUGUCAAUCUGUAACAUUACAAGAAGAAAGUAGCAAAUCUGUUGCACUCCUGUGUCUAGACAGUCACAGUUACUACACGUUUCAGAUCCAAUCUGAAACUAUUUUGAAGGAGAGAAAUUAAAUUUUUGAUCAGCGGAAUAUUUAAGAUGGGGAAGUGGAGAAUAGAACCGGUAACACUAGUGUAUUCCCGGUCAGUCCCACGUGCUAUUAGGAAUUUGAUACAAGGGAUUUGAGCCACUGUUGAGAUCUUUAUCUUAAAUAUAGCAGUACUAAGUUUGUCUUUUGAUGUUUAUUGUACAAUUUGGUCCCACUUAAAACAAGCCUUUAGAAUUUGAGAUAAAUGUAGGUGUGCAGCCAUGUGUAUAACUGCA